AUGAGAAGGAAUCUCUUUGUGAAACACUCCAUAGAGUUUAAAGAAAAACCAUUCACUUUAUUUUCUCUUUUUUCUUCAUUAUCUCUCCUUAACUUUCCUUUUCAUCUUUCCUCUCUCUCUGCCUCUCUUUCUUUCUCUCUCUCUUUCACUUACCACUUCAUAUUCACUCUCACUUUCCUCUUUAUAUUCUUGCUUACUUUCCUUUAUUUAUUCACUUAUUUCUACUGUUUUCUGUAUCUUCUCAAAGUGCUCUUUCUCUCUCUCCCUCUCUCUCUCCCUCUCUCUCUCCCUCUCUCUCUCUCUCUCUCUCUCUAUGUUCAUCACUUACUCAUUUCUCCCUCACACAGACUUCCCUUUCCACUAUCUCUCUUCCUCUGUCUCCCUUUCAGUCUUUCUUUCUGUUUCUCCCUCUCUCAAUCUCUCCAUUCCUCACCUUUUCACUCUCAUUAUUGUUUUGUUCCUGGCAUAUCUUCUUCAACCAUUUUACUAGUCUCUCUCUCUCUCUCUCUCUCUCUCUGUCCUGUGCUAUAG